AUGUCCAGACACUCUCGUGCUCUCCAGGUCGUUGACAGAAUCCUUGACGCGCUGUAUGAAUUACUAUACAAGGUCCGCAAGCUGCCCUCGCAUCUACUUGAUGAUGAUGUCUUGGAUAGCAUACUCGACAGAUUCUUCAACAUGGUUCUAAACAAGACCAACGAGAGGUUGGUCGAGAGGCUUCUGGGGGAUGUGCUGAAUGGCAUGGUCAACAAGCUUCCGACUCGAUGA